AUGAAUAGCUUGGUAGAGUCACAAUCGUCAAUAUGCUUGGAAAGACCAGAAGAUAGAAGAGCAUAUCAUUAUCGGGACAACAGAUUGUUGGCUGGAGCGAGGAGCGUCUUCUUCAUCAUCAAGGCCUUCACGGCCGGGGUGAUACUGUCCACCGGGUUCAUACAUGUCCUCCCGGACGCCUUCGAGAACUUGACCUUGACGUGCCUGAACGAGACCCUAUGGGGGGAAUUCCCGUUCGCGAGAUUCAUGGAGAUGCUUGCCGCCCUCGGGAUGUUGAUGGUGGACACCGUUGCCACUUCUUAUUUUAGGAAGUUGCAUGCCAACAAGGCCGGAUCGGACAAGACCGCCGGAGAUAAAGAGAAGGCUAGAGAAAAAUCGGAUCUCCUGCGGCAUAGAGUGAUAUCUCAGGUGCUAGAGUUGGGGAUUGUGGUGCACUCAGUGAUCAUAGGGAUCUCGUUGGGAGCUUCAGAGAGUCCAAGUACAAUUAAGCUUCUUGUUGCUGCCUUGACCUUUCAUCGAUUCUUUGAAGGCAUGGGCCUCGGUGGAUGUAUCACUCAGGCCAAGUUUAAGACUCGGGCAAUCGUAAUCAUGGCACUGUUCUUCUCCCUCACAACGCCAGUAGGGAUUGCUAUUGGAUUGGGAGUCAGCAGCAGGUAUGAUGAGAACAGCCCAACCGCACUCAUUGUGCAGGGCAUCUUCGACGCUGCAUCUUCAGGGAUAUUGAUUUACAUGGCCCUGGUCGAUCUUCUUUCUGCCGAUUUCAUGAGCCCUAAGUUGCAGAGCAAUGGUAGGCUCCUGUUUGGGACCAAUAUAGCUCUUCUUAUCGGUGCUGGUUGCAUGUCUCUCUUGGCCAAAUGGGCUUGAAGCAAAGGAAGCAAAAAGAAAAAAAAAAUGGAAAAAAGAGAUCAAACAUGCAUUUUUUUAUUUUAGUUACUUGAAGGGCUUUGGCUUUUUCUGUAGUCCUAGGUAUUAGUAAAUAAGCAUAUAUGAUUAUUCGACCAUUUCAUGAUGUUUGAGCUCAAAGGAGAUGAUGAUUCUUAUAUGUUUGUGGAAUAAAUGUC